GUCAAAUUACAGUUUGUGACAGUACCGAUGUACCGACAAUAAUCGAACGGUAGAAAAUGUUUCCGGCUUCGGGAACUGGGAAAUUUUAUCAGAAAUCCGCGAAAAUCAUACGAUUCUCGCGACAUGGCUGCACGAAUCGCCCCUUUUUUCACAUUGUUGUCACCGAGAGGAGAAGAGAUGUAAACAUGCCGGUCAUAGAACAACUGGGAAGUUUCGAUCCGAUUCCGAAUCAGAAUAACGAAAAACUGGUGUCGUUAAACUACGAACGAAUAAGACAUUGGAUCGGAAACGGAGCCCACGUUUCGACUCCGGUUGAACAACUAUUUGGUUUAGCUGGUUUUUUCCCCGUCCACCCGACCACAUAUCAACAAGCAUGGAGGAAAAGGAAACUAAUCAAAGAAGAAGAAAAAACACAACAAGUUGAAGAAAAACCACAGGAUGAGAAAAUUUCAUGAUACACAACGCGCUAUUGUUAGAUUGCUAGUUAUUGCGAAAAAGUACAUUGGGUUCGAAAUGGAAACGAGAGUUGAAAAAUGUUCACCCAAUUCUUUGUUACUGUUGAUCGUUUUUAUUUAAAUCUAUUAAAAAUCUAUUAAAUCAA